AUGUUUAUAUGCAAACCAGCGUGCUUUUCAUUCGCUUUGGCCUGCCAUAUCUUGGGGAUUGUGACGGGACAGAUCUCAUACAGUGUGUUGGAGGAGGUGAAACAGGGCACCACAGUCGGUAAUAUAGCUAAAGAUGUUAACCUUUCUGGAAAAGACCUGCACUCACGGGGCUUCCGUAUCGUAUCUGGCUCCAAAAAGCAGUAUUUUAGUGUCAAUACAGAGACGGGCGCUCUGCAAGUGAGCGAACGGAUAGAUCGAGAGGAGCUUUGCGCAGGCGCACUCUCAUGCUCCGUUAAUCUGGAAGCCGUGGUAAACAAUCCACUGCAGCUAUACCGGGUAAGAAUAAAUAUCCUCGACAUAAAUGACAACUCUCCGGUGUUUCCAAUGAGCUCUGUAGUCAUUAAUGUUAGUGAAAGCACAGCGCCCGGUGUGCGCUUUCCUCUGGAGAGCGCGCAUGACGCAGAUAUUGGAGUGAAUUCCGUCAAAACGUAUAAGCUUACAACCAAUGAUUUCUUCACUCUAGAUGUACAAACUCAUAGUGAUAAGACAGUCUCCGCUGAAUUAGUACUUCAGAAGAUUUUAGAUAGAGAGAAAACCCCAAGGCUUGAAUUCACAGUCACUGCUGUUGACGGCGGGACGCCCGCCAGGUCAGGAACCGUCAUGAUCGAGGUUAAUGUGAUAGAUAACAAUGACAACGCACCAGUGUUUAGUAAAUCAUUGUAUAAAGUCUCGAUAGCCGAGCACGCGCCAGUUGGCACUACAGUAAUACGAGUGCAGGCUGGAGAUCCAGAUGAAGGGUUAAAUGGAGAGAUAGUUUACUCUUUUAUCAGUCGGACGCCUCAAAAUAUUCUGGGAAAGUUUGGUAUUGACGCGCAAAGUGGAGAUGUAAAAAUCAAAGGUGAUAUUGAUUAUGAGGAGAAUAACGCAUUUGAGAUCAGAGUUCAAGCCACCGAUAAAGGUCAGGUGACUAUGUCGGGCCAUACUAAGCUUUUGAUAGAAGUCCUAGAUAUUAACGACAACCCUCCAGAUGUGACCGUAACGUCACUUUUUAGCCCAGUAGAGGAAAGCGCGGGGAAGGGCACGGUCAUUGCGUUGAUGACGGUGUCAGAUCCAGACUCGGGUAAAAAUGGAGCAGUGCGCGUUGGUCUUGCGGGGUCCAGUCCAUUUAAAUUACAGUCGUCGUUUCAGAAUUAUUAUUCAUUGGUUUUAGAUGCCGGACUGGACCGGGAAAUCGUAUCCGAGUAUAACAUCACAGUCAUUGCUGAAGACGAAGGGUCACCGUCCAUGUCCAGAGCUAAAGUAAUACAUGUGCAUGUCGCUGACGUGAAUGACAACGCGCCUCGCUUCUCAAAUCCUGUAGCGUACGCGUAUCUGCGCGAAAACAGCCAAGUAGGGGCGAUUAUAUCCACACUGACGGCUUCUGAUGCAGACAUCAUGGACAACGCACACAUAACAUACUCUUUACUGCAAAGCUCUGUUAAGGAUACGCCCAUUUCUGCGCUCCUAAAAGUAAACGCACUGACGGGAGAGAUCGAGAGCAUGCAGUCUUUUAACUAUGAGGAGAUCAAAACGUUUCAGUUUAAAGUUCAGGCCACAGACUCUGGUGUUCCUCCUCUGAGCAGUAACGUGACUGUAAAUGUGUUUAUCCUGGAUGAGAAUGACAACAGUCCCGCGAUUCUCGCGCCCUAUUCCGAGCUCGGUUCCGUGAACACCGAGAACAUUCCCUAUUCUGCUGAGGCGGGCUACUUUGUGGCCAAGAUCAGGGCUGUAGAUGCAGACUCUGGUUACAAUGCGCUGCUGUCUUACCACAUCUCUGAACCCAAAGGAAACAAUCUGUUCGAAUCGGAACCAGCAGCGGGAGAUCAGGACUAA